CAGCGCUCAAUUUCACAGUGGUACAAUUUGGAAAUGGGGUAUAAGAUAAGGUAUAGUUGGCCCACCUUAUCUUUCAACCCGUAUUCAAAAUGAAUGUGAUAAAUAAUAAUUUAAUUUAAUUUAAUUUGUCAAAGAACCAAGAAGGAAAUCAUGUUUAAAACGAGUUUAAAAUCUGUUGUAAGUAAACUUUAUCUCUUGAUUAACGUUACCAUUUUUUUUACUAAUUGCAAACUGAGUUUAUAAAAAAAAUUAACAUACCUACCUUGUUAAAUUGUUUGGAUUUGAAUGGUUUUAUGGCUACAUUUUUUUUUAGAAUCAUUUGAGAUGUAUCUAUGCAAAAUAUUCAUCACAACUAACAGAAAAACAAAUAGAACUCAUGAAGAAAAAAUUACCACAAAAGAAACCAAUAAAAGGUGUCAAUCACAUAAUAUUAGUAGCCUCCGGUAAAGGUGGUGUUGGAAAAUCGACAACUGCUGGUAAGCUAUAUAUUAUUUAGUUUAUGCCCAUAUAAUACAUUUAUAAAGUUCAAUUUUUUAUAUUUACACAGUAAACCUAGCAACUGCUCUGAAGUGUGUAGUGCCUAACAAAGAUGUUGGAUUAUUGGAUGCAGAUGUAUUUGGACCAUCUAUACCACUGAUGAUGAACUUGCAUGAAACACCUUUGCUCAACAAUGGUGAGUAGGUAUUUCCUUUACUAUGGGGAUGUACAAUACAUUUUAAUUUAAUUAAUUUAUAGAUAAUCUUAUGAUACCUCUCAUAAACUAUGGAGUGAAAUGGUAAACUAUCUGUGUAAAUUCUGUAUGUCUUUGAAUUGGUUAUCAUUUCGCUUAUUGCAGUAUGUCAAUGGGUAAUUUGAUAACUAAUCAAUCAGCUGCCAUUUGGAGAGGGUUAAUGGUUAUGGGUGCUAUUGACAAAUUAAUAAGAGAUGUUUGCUGGGAUCAUACAGACUACAUGAUUGUAGAUACACCGCCCGGAACGGGGGACACACACUUAUCCCUUGCUCAAAAUCUGCCUUUAAGUGGUAAUAUCAUUACUUUGUUGUUAAAUAAAUAAUUAGGUUUAUUGGUCUUAAUGUUAUAUUUUGAAAACUUUCUAUUCAGGUGUUGUGAUUGUAACAACUGGCCAAAAAGCUGCACUUGACGUUACUAGAAGAGGUAUAACAAUGUAUAAAAAAUUAAAUGUUCCCAUACUAGGUAUAGUACAAAAUAUGAGUGUCAUGAAAUGUGUUAACUGCUCACAUGAAAAUAAUUUAUUUGGAGAUAGUGUUCAAGAAUUAGCCAAGCAAGAGGGUAUUUAAUUAUUAUUUUUUCAGUUACAUUAAUAGUAAUAAUAAUGAUUUAUAAUAUUUUUAGAAAUAGAGAUAUUGUUUUCUAUACCUUUGGAUCCAGCUAUUACUAAUGGCUGUGAUACUGGUCAACCUGUUGUUAUGACUCAUCCGAAUUCCUCACAAGUAAUUUUUAUUUAUAUGUUGAAAAAAUAUAUUGACAAUUCAUAAUAAACAAAAUUACUGAUUGUUCUCCAAUAAAAUUUUUUGAAUUGAUAAUUUAACAUACAAAAUUAUAAUACAUACUUAGUAUUUUUGUUGCUAAGAAUAUUAUCCAAAAAAUUUUACAAUAAUGUUUUAUGCAACUAUUUUUAUUUUUAGGUUAAAACCUACAAGAGCUUGGCAAAAUAUGUGGUUCAUUUUUUAGAUAAAACGAAUAGUAAUUGAAUAGAUUUGCAUCUGGUAAACAUUAAAUCUUAAAUU